AUGAAAAUUUUUUUUCCAAAAUUUCGCGAUGGGAGCCAUUCUAAUCAGAUAUUAUGUGCAUUCUUGAUUUCUAUGCCUAUCUUCAGCUACGGAAACUGCAUAGGAUGGAUGUCCCCAAUGACUCUACUUUUGCAAUCAAAAGACUCUCCAACCAACGUUCCUCUUACGGAUGUCGAGAUUUCAUGGAUGGCGGCACUGCCAUAUUUUGUAUGCGUGCCAUCAACAUACGUCGUCGCAGAAUUGGGAGACAAGUUAGGAAGAAAAUUUGCUCUACUUUUUAUGUCAACAGUUAGUGCCGUGAUUUGGAUCCUAAAGCUUUCUUCUUUGAACAUCUGGGUGUUCAUUGCUGCACGGAUUCUGGUCGGUGUGGUAAUGGCGGGAAGCUGCGUUACCUGCCCCACAUAUAUCAAAGAGAUUUCCGAAGACAGUAUAAGAGGAUCUCUAGGAUGCUGGGGAGCAUUAUUUUUUACAACUGGGAGUCUGUUUGCUUACAUAAUCGGAGAUAUUUUAAGUUACCAAGCCAUUUUGCUAGUGUUCGUGGUUGUGCCAGUUUUAAAUUUUGUACUAUUUCUCCUGAUGCCGGAAUCACCUUCAUAUCUUAUUAAGCAAGGAAAAGACGAGGAGGCAGAAAAGGCUUUAAUUUGGCUUCGCUGCAGACAAAAAUUUCAUAUAACUAUCCAACAAGAAUUGGAUUUUAUUAAGAAAGAACAGAGAAAUGACGAGCCAAAAGGAACAUUUCUACUGAAAACUAUCCUAACGGAUAAGAUACUUUUUCGAGCUUUUCAAAUAGCGCUUAUCGCGGCUUUAGCACGGGAGUUAUGCGGUGCUGUACCAGUAUUAAAUUUUGCUGCUGAUAUAUUUCGUCUGGCGUCAGGCGUAACUGGUUUGAUGCUUAGUCCGAAUCAGCAAGCGAUGGUACUGGGCACGGUGCAAUUGUGCGGUGCGACCAUGGCAUCGGGAGUCAUUGAGAGGUCUGGUAGACGGCCGCUUUUAAUCAUCACGUGUCUCUUUUCUGGCCUCAGCAUGUGCAUUCUAGCAACUUGGUUUUUGCUCAAUGAGUUUGAUCUCAGUCCUCCUGGAUGGAUUCCAGUGGUAACCUUAUGCAUUUGCAUUUUCUGUGAUGCUUCAGGGCUUAUGCCGAUAUCUGUUGUCAUUGCGGGUGAAACAUUCUCCUAUAAGUACCGAGGAACUGUGUUAGCGACUACAAUGGCGAUUUCGUCGUCAUCGGACUUCUUUCAACUACUAUUUUUUAAGUCGGCGGCUAAAUCUAUAGGAGUCUACUCGGCGUUUUACUUUUUUGGAGCAAUGUGCUUAGCGACAUCCUUAUAUGUUUUCCUCGUGGUGCCAGAGACGAAGAAUAGAAAGCUCGAAGAAAUUUACCAUGACCUACUGACUAAGAAGGAGAAGAAAGAUAUUGAAAAUCAUUUGAAUGAUGCAAAUUAACACUUACUCAUGAACGCUGUACAGCGGUUC